AAUUAGCCUAAGUUAUUAAAGAUGGCGGCGGAGCGGAGUCGCUCCCCGAUGGACUCGCCGGUGCCGGCCUCGAUGUUCGCCCCGGAGCCCAGCUCUCCGGGGGCGGCCAGGGCCGCGGCGGCGGCAGCCCGGCUCCACGGCGGCUUCGACUCGGAUUGCAGCGAGGACGGCGAGGCGCUCAAUGGCGAGCCGGAGCUGGACCUCACCAGCAAGCUGGUUCUAGUGAGCCCUACAUCAGAGCAGUAUGACAGCCUACUUCGGCAGAUGUGGGAGAGGAUGGACGAGGGAUGCGGAGAGACCAUAUAUGUCAUUGGGCAGGGAUCAGAUGGGACUGAGUACGGGCUGAGUGAAGCAGACAUGGAGGCCUCUUAUGCCACCGUGAAGAGCAUGGCGGAGCAGAUAGAGGCGGAUGUCAUCCUCCUGCGGGAGCGGCAAGAAGCUGGCGGCCGCGUACGGGAUUACCUGGUUCGGAAACGAGUAGGAGACAACGACUUCCUGGAGGUCAGGGUGGCAGUGGUGGGCAAUGUGGAUGCCGGCAAAAGCACACUUCUGGGCGUCCUGACGCACGGGGAGCUGGACAAUGGCCGUGGCUUUGCCCGCCAGAAACUCUUCCGCCACAAACAUGAGAUUGAAUCUGGCCGCACCAGCAGCGUGGGCAACGACAUUCUGGGCUUUGACAGUGAAGGCAACGUGGUGAACAAGCCUGACAGCCACGGUGGCAGCCUGGAGUGGACGAAGAUCUGUGAGAAGUCCUCUAAGGUCAUUACCUUCAUCGACCUGGCUGGCCAUGAAAAGUACCUGAAGACCACGGUCUUCGGCAUGACCGGUCAUUUGCCUGACUUCUGCAUGCUCAUGGUGGGUAGCAACGCUGGCAUCGUGGGGAUGACCAAGGAGCACCUGGGCUUGGCAUUGGCACUUAAUGUACCUGUCUUCGUGGUAGUCACCAAGAUCGACAUGUGUCCUGCCAACAUCCUGCAAGAAACCCUGAAGCUGUUACAGCGCCUGCUGAAGUCACCAGGCUGUCGGAAGAUCCCUGUGCUGGUGCAGAGCAAAGACGAUGUGAUUGUUACAGCUUCCAACUUCAGCUCUGAGAGGAUGUGCCCCAUAUUCCAGAUAUCUAAUGUUACGGGCGAGAACCUAGAUCUCCUAAAGAUGUUCCUCAACCUCCUGUCCCCCCGAACCAGCUACCGGGAGGAGGAGCCUGCCGAGUUCCAGAUUGAUGACACCUACUCUGUCCCUGGCGUGGGGACCGUGGUGUCAGGCACGACGCUGAGGGGCCUGAUCAAGCUGAAUGACACUCUGCUGCUAGGCCCAGACCCCUUGGGAAACUUCCUGUCCAUCGCUGUCAAGUCGAUCCAUCGCAAGCGCAUGCCCGUCAAGGAAGUGCGUGGGGGCCAGACGGCCUCCUUUGCACUGAAGAAGAUCAAGCGCUCAUCCAUCCGGAAGGGCAUGGUGAUGGUUUCUCCACGCUUGAACCCCCAAGCCUCCUGGGAAUUUGAGGCCGAGAUUCUUGUCCUCCACCACCCCACUACGAUUAGCCCACGCUACCAGGCCAUGGUGCAUUGUGGGAGUAUCAGGCAGACAGCCACCAUUCUAAGCAUGGACAAGGACUGUCUGCGCACUGGGGACAAGGCGACUGUCCAUUUCCGCUUCAUCAAGACCCCUGAGUACCUGCACAUAGACCAGCGGCUGGUGUUCCGGGAAGGCCGCACCAAGGCUGUUGGCACUAUCACCAAGCUCCUCCAGACCACCAACAACUCCCCAAUGAACUCCAAACCCCAGCAGAUCAAAAUGCAGUCCACAAAAAAGGGCCCCCUGACCAAGCGAGAAGAGGGGGGCCCAUCUGGCAGCUCAGCAGGAGGCGCAGCUCCCCCUGGAGACGAAGCUGCUCUGGGGCCCGGGCAGGCCUCGGCGUCCAGCAGCCUCCCGCAGCCCAAGCCUAGCAGCGGGGGUCGGCGACGAGGGGGCCAGCGCCACAAAGUGAAGUCCCAGGGGGCCUGUGUGACUCCUGCCAGCGGCUGCUGAACCUCCCUCAGCUGAGGGGCCCUCGCUGGCUCCGCUCACAGCUGGGCAGAGCAGCGCCCAGCGCCAGCCGCUCACCACGGGCCACAGCGCCAGCCCUCGCUGUCCCAGCCCCAUUUUCCAGGGGGAUUGUAACUUAUAAGCUGAAGAAGGUGGCCAACCUUCCCAAGAACUGACCGAGUCCCACCUCUUCCUGCCUCCCUCCUCACUCACACAUCUUUUGUACAUCUGGGCCCUUAGUUUUUAUUCUUUUUAUUAUAUAUCUGUCUCUCGUGUGUGUGCGUGUGUGUGCGCGCGCAUGUGUGUGUGUGUGUGUGUGUGUGUGUGUGUGGCACAGGCGUGCAGCCAGCUAGGGCCCUGUCAGUCUCCUUUUUUCCUGGCCAGCUACCAGCCUCCAAGAUCUAGCCGCCGGCCUGUCCUUCUGUCUGUCCAUGUGUGUCUGUCUGGAGCCGGCUUCCUGUGCUCUCGUUAGCGGGAAGCUCCUCCACUGGGCUGCCGCCAGGAUUCAGCACUUCUGCUCUCAGUCUCAGAGAAAGAAAGCCGUGGCUUUCCCUCUCGCUCCCUCUCUCCCCUUAGCCCUCAGGCAAGUAAACUCUCCAUGAUGUGUGAGGGGAAGGCGGCAGCACCGACUGACCACCUCAGCUGGCCCUCACCACCGCAGAUCCAAAGACUCCUGCCGGGCUUCCCCCUGGAGACAAUCCUGUGCUCCCUGGGCCGGCCCCAGCGCCCUGGCUCUGCCAUCUGCCCACCAGCGGCUCCUCCGGACUUCGGCCUUUGUGGGUGGCGAGCACUGGGAACUAGACUGGGUGUGGUGCCUGUUGCCCAGCUGCUCCGGGAGCACAGCAGUUGGGCUGGAGCCUGGCUGGAUGCAGGGGGAGGGAAGGGGGAGCCGUGGAGAGAUUCUUCCAUGCCCAGCACGGCACUUCGCCCCUGGGAGCUUUGUUGCCCAGGACUGAGCUGUGCCCCUUGGCCCGUCGAGGGUGCCCGACGGGUUGGGGUGGUGUUUAGCCAGGGCAGACACCCAGCUGGCUGGGUCCUCCUUCAGCCUCGCCUCCCAGCCCUCAGCUGCCCUCUCCCGGCUGCUGGUCCUCUCUCCUCCCUCUCCCAGCUGUUUCUAGUUACUACUGCCCCGUGGCCAUGAACUGACCAGACCAGCAUUCACAAUAAAAGUUUCUUCCAAGUUGA